AAAAUUUCGGAUGAGCGCUCUGUAGUAACGCUUCGGUCGUUGUUACCGUCGACCUUGGCGGUAUCGCCGUAAAGUGUUAAACGCUCUAUGAAUGUAACGAAUUAUAAUGAUUGGUAGCUUUACAUACACAUGUGCCAUUCAUUGAGCAUAAAAACAAUAAAAACAUUGCAUACAUUCAGGCAUUUAAGCUUAGAAAUAUGUUUACUGGUUAAGUGUGAGAUAAAAAUGCGUGGCGUGUUGAGUUUCAUCUCAACUAUAAUUUAUUAAGUGAAACUUCGUCAGUCAUCACAUCAACACAGAGAAAAACAACGAAAAAUUAAAAUAGAAUAAGUUUUCAAUCAAUCAGAAAAACGUCUCUAAUUUUAUCUCAAGUCAAGGAGUAUAAUUUUCAACAGUCGAUAUGUUUGCGAAACAGCGCGGGUUUAUUUGACACCCGUUUAACCACGCCUUCUGCUAUUAAUCUUAUUAAAUUAAUAUUAUUGAAGCAUUUUAAACGGUGCUUUCAUAAGAAGUGAAAAAAAAAUUAUUUUUAUUUAAUUUUUGUUAUAAAUUUUAUCGUCCUUUGCCAAUAGUUGUGAAAACAAGAACACAAAUAGUGCAAACAAAAAAUUCAAAUAGAGAAGAAAAAAAUUUUAUUUCGAUACAUAAAAGGUUCUUAAUUGUCUGCCGCAUGUGUAUUUCACUGGAUCUUAAUAUUUUACCAAAGACGUUGUUGAAGUGGGCGACACCGCAUUAUAAACGUGCAACAAAGUUCAAAACGAAAAAUUUCAAUAAGAGCAAUCUAGCCAACCAACGCUACCCUAAAAAUAUCACGAAAUCGCUGCCUUUAACAAGACGAGUAUCUCAUGCAAUAUCUUUCGAGAAGUCACGCUCGUGCUUGAUAUCGUUUCUAUCGUUAGUCGUUUCGUUGUUUUUCUCGUUGUCGUUCUCGUUCUCGUUAACGUUGUCGUUGUCGUUAUCGCUAUCGUAUACACGUUUAAUCGCUCAAUUCUUCUACAGGACUGUGAUACAAAAGUUAACUUUCUUAAUGAAUGACUUUCGGUUCAAAUCUCUUUAUCAAACCUCAAAAACCGCAAUCUUAAAUAAUAAUAAUAACAAAAUUAAAUUGAUAACAUCAUCAAUAUUUUCAACCCUGUCAACGCUGUCAACGCUGUCGUCUGCGGUAAUAAUCGGUUCCAAACUCUUUAGUCAAAAUUACAAAAACAAUCAUCGUACUUACAACAAUAGCAGCAAAUCAAAUAAAGUGUUUCUCUACUACACCCCACGUGAUCCCCGUCUAAGAUUCUUUAAUAGACAGACUUUAAUUAAUAAACACUUUUUGGCAACUGUUAUAACAUUUAAGUGUGAUAGUGUUAGAAGUGAUAAUAGUCAAUUGAAAAUAACUGAAGAUUUAAGCAAUUAUGGCGAAUUAAUCGGCGGCUUCAAUUUUAGUAGCCCCACCAUUAAUACUUUAAACAAUUGCAAUUUUAAUAAUUACAUUAGUAAUAAAAGUGAUAAUAUUGUUGAUAAGAGUAAAAGUGAAUAUAAUUGUGAUUGUGUAACUACUGAUGUUAAGUCAAUAGACGGUGAUAAUAGCAAUUUAAAAUCUUUAAAAAGUAUAUACGAUAUUUGGCAAAACCAGUUAAGCUGUGUUGAAAAAUAUAUUUCAAGCUAUGUACACAGUAAAGGAUUUCAUAUUUUAAGCACUGGAUUGAUUAUUUAAACUGCAGAUAUAUUUAAAAUAUGCACUUCGUUAG